UUGCGAAAACUUUGUUCUUCAUUUGUUUCAUUAAUAUUUUGCAAAUUAGGAUGAUCCAUUUGAUUUUUCAAAUGUUUAUUCAUCACAGCGAAUUAAAUUGAAGCAUACAUUCAACUUUCUAAUUAAAAAAAUAAUGUGUACUAAUAAAAUGAAAAACAUUAAAAUUGUUUACGAUAAAAAAAAUAUUAUUUAAUUAAUUCUACUUAAUAGCAACGGAAAUAUACUGUGAAAUAAAAUUUAUAGAUCAGUUCAAAGUACUUAAUUUGCUCCCCUUGAAGAGUUGGCAUUAGAAAAAAAAAUCCUUCUAGUUUCGAAUCGUAUUCUUUUCUUUAUAUUCUCUUCUACGAUGAACACUGCCAAGUUCUACCCCUUCAGGGCCAAGAAUGGCGGAGUUUUUCAGAUUGGAGUUUUCUUACCUGGUCGGGAGAGCGCGAGAUGACGUCACAAUGUCUCCAAGGCAACGCCAGGAUGGGAACGCCAUCGGAUGCCGAGCGUUGUUGCAGAUGCUUGGAUGCGCAUGCGUUAGAGCUUCUCUCGUGGAACCGCGAGUUGCUCUCUCUCUGUCUCUCAGAUGAUGACAAAGAUGGCUUCCUGCUGGCUGAGGUGCUCGCUGUAUCACUUCUCACAAUGAGGGUAAUAGUUCCCUCUCCGCCCUUGUACCGGGGGAAGGUCGUCAGCCAAUCACGUGUAUCGCCCCCUCGUCUCCCUAGGAGGUGAGAGCAUCUCCUCUAGAUGACAGAAAGAUUGACCACUUCAUUCCACGCUACAAAGUACGGACUGUUGCUUCCGCCAGCCACUGCUUAGUGCGUUGUUGGACGUGUAGCGCCAUCAGCGCUUCCGCUUUUUGUUGUUGUGUAUGCAAUUCUCUCACUCGCUUGGGUGCUACGGGAUUCCUCAACGCGCAACAAGUCACGCGAACGAACACCAUGGAUGCGAACAUUAUAGAAAAGAUGCAUCGAUGCCCAUGCCGUGCUGCGAAGGUAAACAUUGCCACGACGGCCUGUUGCUGACUCGAGUGCGAUGUGUUUGUGCUCGUUGGUGACAUUCGGCGUCAUAUGGCAAAAAACGCGCACUCGUUGGCGCGGUUCCAACAACGUGCUUUUGCGUUUAGGAUCCAGUUCCGCGACUGACAAUUGAAUUAGUUUAUAAAACUCAAGAACUUAAAACCAAAUACCAUGGCUUCGGUGGCUGCGUGGUUACCUUUUGCUAGGGCAGCAGCCAUCGGUUGGGUUCCCAUUGCAAACAAUCCCCUGCCGGCGCCCCCUAUCACUAAAGAACAGCGAAAAAAAGAAGACGAAAAAUUUGUCAUUAAUGUGAGCGGUCGGAGAUUUGAGACAUGGCGCAACACGGUAGAGAAGUAUCCAGACACGCUGUUAGGUUCAAAUGAGCGUGAAUUUUUCUACGACGAGGAAUCCAAGGAAUAUUUCUUUGAUAGGGAUCCGGACAUUUUUCGACACAUUCUCAAUUACUACAGAACGGGAAAACUUCACUACCCGAAGCACGAGUGCCUAUUGUCUUACGAUGAUGAACUGGCUUUCUUUGGCAUCAUACCAGAUGUGAUCGGAGACUGUUGUUAUGAGGACUACCGCGAUCGGAAACGCGAAAAUGCUGAGCGCCUCAUGGACGACCGCAUGUCCGAAGUGGACAACCAGCUGGAUCUGAGUCACUGCUCUAUGCGGAUGAAAAUGUGGCGAGCAUUCGAAAACCCUCAUACGGGAACGGCCGCCUUGGUUUUCUAUUAUGUUACAGGUUUCUUCAUCGCAGUGUCGGUCAUGGCAAACGUGGUAGAAACGCUACCCUGCGCGAUGGACCUCGCGACUGGCGAACGUCGGUCUUGCGGCUCCAACUACAAGGUGGCCUUUUUCUGCCUGGACACUGCUUGCGUCAUGAUCUUCACAGCGGAAUACCUAUUAAGGCUAUACGCGGCACCUGACCGCUGGAAAUUUAUGCGGAGCGUGAUGUGCAUCAUUGAUGUGGUUGCCAUUCUUCCCUACUAUAUAGGACUCGGUAUCAAAGACAACGAUGAUGUCUCUGGAGCGUUCGUUACGCUACGAGUGUUUCGUGUCUUCCGCAUAUUCAAAUUUUCGCGCCACUCUCAGGGGCUCAGGAUUCUGGGGUAUACACUGAAGAGUUGUGCUUCUGAACUUGGUUUUCUGGUGUUUUCUCUGGCUAUGGCCAUCAUCAUCUUUGCCACGGUCAUGUUCUAUGCAGAAAAAAAUGUCGAGGGAACAACUUUUACCUCUAUUCCUGCAGCCUUCUGGUACACUAUUGUCACAAUGACCACACUGGGGUAA